AUGGCCGGUGGGGGCACCAUCACCACCACCGCUGCCACGACAACCACCGCUGUCAUCACAACCACCGCUGCCACGACGAGCGCGGCCAGUAGUGUAGCAGACAUGGCUGACAAGGCAGAGCAAAAGCGGACGCAGACGACGCAAGGAGAGGACAAGCCAGGGCAGGAAGCCGAUACGCUUGGCUGGGGUGAGCUGCGCACAUCGGGAGCGCCCAAGCGGCCACCAAAGUCAAGGCGGCCAGAGUACCCACCCGACGACGAUGAGGCAGAUAGCGCAAACACCAACGGCACAACCGCAGGCUCAAGGAACGACGAUAUCUUGGACACGUACCGGGACGCGUUAACUUGCUUUGCCUGCUCGCGCCGCUAA